AUGGCUAGCUUUUUCGAUCUUAAAGCCAGAAAAGCUGCGGCUGCCGCUAAUGGCAACGCCGACCAGAAACAGGACAAGCCUACCAAUACUCGGACUCAACCCUGGGUCGAAAAAUACCGACCAAAGACCCUCAGCGAUGUUACCGCUCAAGAUCAUACCGUCGACGUAUUGCAAAGGACCCUUCAGUCCUCCAACCUCCCUCACAUGCUAUUCUACGGCCCUCCUGGUACAGGAAAAACUUCAACCGUCCUGGCGCUGGCAAAAGAGCUCUACGGUCCCGAAAUGAUCAAGUCGAGAGUUCUCGAGCUCAACGCCUCCGAUGAGCGUGGCAUUUCCAUCGUCCGAGAAAAGGUCAAGAACUUUGCGCGAAUGCAAUUGACCAACCCGGCCCCUGGCUACAAAGACAAAUACCCCUGCCCUCCGUUCAAGAUCAUCAUCCUCGACGAGGCCGAUUCCAUGACACAAGAUGCCCAGAGUGCACUACGACGAACUAUGGAAACGUACAGCAAGAUCACCCGCUUUUGCUUGAUCUGCAACUAUGUCACUCGAAUUAUCGAUCCCCUUGCCAGUCGAUGCAGCAAAUUCCGAUUCAAGAGUCUGGACCAGAGCAAUGCCAAGAAGCGACUCGAAGAGAUUGCAGAGAAGGAAGGCGUGUCGCUUGAAGACGGCGCUGUUGAGGCUCUCAUUAAGUGCAGCGAAGGUGAUCUUCGAAAAGCAAUUACCUACCUACAAAGUGCUGCUCGACUGGUAGGCGCCAGUGCCCCCGACAAGGACGGAGAGGGUGACGAAGCGAUGGAUGUGGACAAGCAGGCAGUUACAGUCAAGAUCGUUGAAGACAUUGCCGGUGUCAUCCCGGAAAGCACCAUACACGAUCUUGUCAGCGCAAUACGCCCAAAGAGUUCGGGGUCACAGUAUCAGGCUAUCUCUGAUGUUAUCGAGAAGCUGGUUGCAGAUGGCUGGAGUGCAGGUCAAGUUGUGGGCCAGCUCUAUCAAACCUUGAUAUACGAUGGCACAAUUCCUGAUGUGCAGAAGAACAAGAUCGUUCUGGUCUUUUCAGAGGUUGAUAAACGAUUAGUAGACGGAGCUGAUGAGCAUCUUUCAGUCCUCGAUCUGUCCGUGAGGAUAUCAGCCAUCAUGGCGAAGAAAUAA